AGCAGGUGAAUCAGGCAGGUGAAUCAGGCAGGUUAGACAGACAGGUGAAACUAUAUAGAGCACAGUGAGGGUAGAGCGCAGAUGUGAGUAGGUGCAAUGAGUUACCUGUUGAUUUUGAUCCUCCUGAGGCUCCUGCCUGUGACACAGCAGACCAGUGAUGUUCUCCCGAAAGAGACCAGACCAGCUGGAGUUUCAGCCCCUGGAAACUUUAUCAUUGGAGGACUUUUCCCCAUCCACGAAGAUGUGGAGAAGCCCACCCACCUGUCCCAGCCACAAGAUUCCACUUGCAUUAGCUUCAGCACAGCUGGUCUGAUCAAGUCACUGGCCAUGAUCCACGCUAUAGUGACAGUGAAUAACUCUCCGUUACUGGCCCGUCUGGGGGUUACCCUGGGCUACAAGAUCCAUGACACAUGUUCAGAUGUUACGACUGCUCUGAGAGCCACUGAAGACUUCACACAGGACGACUGCUCUUCCACAAUGGACCUUACCAACAUGGCUGAAUGUACCCAACGUAGCAUAGCUGUAAUCGGUGCACAUUACUCUGAAAUGUCCAUCGCAGUGGCCAGAGAGCUAAACUUGGAGCUAAUUCCACAGGUCAGUUACGCAUCCACAGCUGAUAUUCUGAGUGAUAAGAGCCGUUUCCCAGCCUUCUCUCGGACCGUCCCUAGUGACUUGCACCAGACCAGUGCUAUGGUCAAGCUUCUCCAAGAGAAUAAAUGGACAUGGGUUGGAGUGGUCACCACAGACGGAGAUUAUGGGCGGUCAGCUUUGGACAGCUUUUUGUCUCAGGCUUUUCAGGCUGGAAUCUGUGUGGCCUUCAAAGAAAUCCUCCCUGAUUCUGUGACCAACACCAAGAGACUUCAAUCUGCAGUCAGCCGGAUUAUUCAGACAUUACACACCAACACCAAGGUCAGGGUGGUGGUUUCGUUUGCCAAACCCGAGCACAUGAGUCGCCUCUUCAGAGGACUGCUGGACAAAGUCCAGAGGCUGUGGGUGGCCAGCGACAAUUGGUCAACUUCUCAAAAAGUGGUCACUCAUGAGGAACUUCAGCGCAUUGGCUGGGUCGUAGGAUUUUCCUUUGAGAGCAGAGACGUCACACCUUUUAAGGAGUUUCUGAAGAAUUUAGAGUUUGACAGUGAGUCUCAGAAGAACAACACCUUCCUCAAAGAGUUUUAUUCCACUUUUACGAACAACAGCAAGGAGCAGGUUUCCAUGAUGAUGGAAAAGCUGAUAACCAGCAUAGAUGCAGGUAAGUGUAAUGUCUUCAGCAUUCAGAUGGCUGUGAAUGCGAUUGCUCAGGCUGUGGCUAAAUUGUGCAGCAACAGAAACUGCACUAUUCCUGGGGCCAUCCAACCAUGGGAGCUGCUGCCUGAACUGAGGAACAGCACUUAUGAGAUGGAUGGUACAAUAUACAAGUUUGAUGAAAACGGAGAUGUUAAUCUGGGUUAUCAGAUCUCUCUGUGGAGCACAACUGGACAAAGCGUUCAGACGUUAAACAUAGUGUCUAUGUAUCAUCAGCAGAACUCCAGCUUGACCACCACCAACCUAAAACUAAGCGUGACAUCAAAGUGCUCAAAUAGCUGCAACCCAGGACAAUUUAAGAAAAGUGCUGAAGGUCAGCACACCUGCUGCUAUGACUGUAUUGAAUGUGCUGAGAAUCAAUACUCCAACAGCACAGACAUGGAUCAGUGCUACAGUUGUGACAGUAUUUUGGAGUGGGCAGAGCCUGGAAGUUCGGCCUGUAAGCCGAAGACUCUGGAGUUUUUUGCCUGGAAUGAUGGCUUUGCCAUGUUUCUGUUGUCUCUGGACGCUCUGGGUGUUGUUGUGGUUUUCCUAGUGUCGUUUCUCUUCCUGUGGCACCGCGACUCUCCUGUAGUGAAGGCAGCUGGUGGUCCACUUUGCCAGCUCAUCCUUUUCUCACUAGUGGGAAGCUUCAUAAGCUCUGUUUUCUUCGUAGGGAAGCCAACGGACAUCCAGUGCAAAGUGAGGCAGGUGCUUUACGGUUUGAGCUUCACUCUGUGUGUGUCCUGUAUCCUGGUGAAGUCCCUGAAGAUCCUGCUAGCUUUCCAGAUGAAGCCGCUUAGCCGACUUUACAAACCAUACAUUAUUGUCUGUUUCUGUGUUUUGGUGCAAGGUGCAAACUGUACUUGGUGGCUGAUUCUUUUCAGUCCUCACAAAACCUCCGUAAUCAACACCAGUACCAUCCUAGAAGAGUGCCGUGAAGGCUCAUAUGUAGCGUUUGGCUCAGUUUUGGGUUACAUAGCUCUGCUGGCGUUAGUCUGCUUCAUCUUUGCUUUCAAAGGCCGAAAACUUCCGCAGAAAUACAACGAGGCCAAGUUCAUCACUUUCGGCAUGCUCGUCUACCUCAUGGCCUGGGUCAUCUUCAUCCCAGUCUACGUCACGACUGCCGGAAAAUAUCUCCCUGCCGUGGAGAUGGUGGUCAUACUCAUCUCCAAUUACGCCAUCCUGUGCUGCCAUUUCUUCCCAAAGUGCUACGCCAUCAUCUUCAGGAAGAUGUACAACACCAGGGCUGAUUUCUUGAGGAAUGUGUACGAGUAUUCUACAAAGGGAGCCAGCAGUUUGGGAGACUUGAUUCUACCUGAAGCAUAUAAGAGUGCAGAAAACCUCUACACUAUAUCAAAACUGCCCCACCUUUUUCCUGGAAACACAGAGUUUAAACAGAGAUGGGAAGCUACAGCCCCUCCUGCCAUAACUCAAGAAAAGCCCAGGCUCAGUCUCAAAAGAACAUUAAGCAUUUAAAAACCUCAGAGACUUAGUCAUCAUACACUGUCCAUCAAAACUUUGAAAUACCUACCUUGUUUUUGCAUGAGAUUUACACAGUUUACCACUUGAUGUGUUUCAUCAAGACAUGUUUGGUGAUCAAA